UGUCUUUUUCCUUUGCUUCAUUCAAAUUUCACAUUUAUUAUUCUGCAAUACAUCAGCACAAAAUCAACGCUAAAAAGCAAGCACCGUCUAUUUAUUAUUCAUUUUCUAUUAAGACCAUGUCCAACAGCGUGGAUCUUUCCGCUCACGCCAGCGAAAUAACAUCCGCACACCAGCGUAUUCUCAACAACGACCCGUCAACAUCGUGGGCCAUCUUUGGCACCGCGCUUAACGUUGAAUCCCAGGGCUCAGGCGGUCUAGAAGAUCUCAGCGAUGAAUUGAUGCCGGCAAGUUCACAAGUGGGUCAGGUGCAAGGCAUGCUUAGCGGCUCGCACGUCACCAUUAAUGCUCGGUCCGAGGAGGACGUGGAUGCCAAGGAGAUUAUGGAUAAGGUGGGCAGGAGCUCAGGUGCCCAAUACUCGUAUCAUACAAGCCCAAGGUUGCGCGCCUGUGAUUCGGCGAAGCCCGCAUUUGGUGCUGGCGCCGCAGCGUUCAAGAAGGGCGCUACUUAUGGCGCGCCGGCUGUGUCCAAGGCCCGCAUGGAAUGCUCCUUUCCAGCUUCGACUCCGGCUCCAGCGCUACAAGUACCAGCAACCCCGUACAAGCCACCAUUUGCAGCUUCCUCGGCUUCUAAGCCCAAUGUACUUCCAAAGCCUGCCACAGCCGCGUCGUCGCUUGGAGGCACUAAGCCGCUGUUUGGUGGCGGCAGUGGCAGUGGGGCAUACUCUGGGCGCCCGGUCUCCUCAUUCUUUGGUGCCCGCAGCCCGAACACUGCCUCCACCCACCGGUCUCCGCGUCCCUCGCCGCCGGCAUCCCCAAUCGUAGAGCCCACGCGUUCGAGGUUGUCCCCGCCCCCCUCCUACAAGUCCCAACAGAGCGAGCGGCACGCUGAGUUGGAAGCACUUCGGCGAGGCUCUCGCGGUCCCUCUCCGACCGGAAGUCACGGUGGGUCACGGCCAUCCACGCCUUCCCGCUUCAGCUCUCUUGCAUCAAAUGAGCCUUCGUCGCUGUUUUCGCAGGCGGACCAGACAAAGAACGAGUUGGAGAUGCUGCGCAGCCGCCGUUUGUUGAAUUCUAGCUUGGGUGCGUCAUCGUCGGGCGUUUCCUCGAGUGUUGCGGAUGAGAGAAGGGCAGAACUGGAUGCUGUGAGAAGGGCCCGCAGUGGGUCGCAAACUUCCGAGAAACAGUAUCAGCAGCAGCAAGCGGCACCACCGACUCAUUCAUGGAAACAAAACCAGGAUGAUGAUCAGCUCAGACGUCAGCAACAACAACAAGAGGAAGAGCGUAAACGUCAGCAACAGCAGCAAGAGGAAGAGCGUAAACGUCAGCAGCAGCAGGAUGAGCAACGGAAGCGCCAACAGCAGCAAAAAGAAGAAGAGAACCGCUGCAAGCAGCUGGAGGAAGAGGACCACCGCAAGAAGCAGGAACAGCAGCAGCAGAAGUCUUCUCGCGGCCAGAGAGCCCGGGCGGUGUACGACUACGAGGCAGAGGCUGAGGAUGAGCUGCCGUUCAAGGAGGGCGAAAUCCUUUAUAAUGUCGAUCAGCUGGACCCGGGAUGGUGGGCUGCAGAGACAGAGGAUGGUUUGAGGCAGGGCGUGUUCCCGGCAAACUUUGUCGAGUUAAUUGAGGACGACAAUGUGAAUGUGCAGCCGAUGAGCGCACCUGGUUUGCCUCACAAGACUCCGGCCGCACCCGCUCCCCCGCCAAUGGCACCCGCUCCCCCGCCAAUGGCACCCGCUCCCCCGCCAAUGGCACCCGCUCCACCGCCAAUGGCUCCUCCAGCACCGCCAUUGCCAAUGUCUUUUGCUGCCCCACCAAUGGCACCAACUCCCCCGCCAAUGGCCCCAAUGGCCGCUCCCCCAAUGGUACCUCUUCUGCCUCCUCGCGGACCACCAGCUGCUCCGCCGAUGGCUGCUCCCAUGCUCCCUCCGCGCAACGCCCCUCCAGCCGCACCGCCUGCACCUCCUGCUGCACCUUCCGCUCCUGUUUUGCCUCCUCGCGGCGGGCCUGCGCCUCCUCCUCCACCACCGCCACCAGCUGCACAGAAGCAGAAAGACCUCGGCGAGCACUACGCCACUGCUGUAUACGACUACGACGCGGCCGAGGAUGGCGAGCUCACGUUCAAAGAGGGCGAGCAAAUCACGCAUAUCGAGUUCCCAUCCGAUGAGUGGUGGGAGGGUUACAACUCCAAGAGCGAGUACGGCCUGUUCCCGGCCAACUAUGUCGAGCUUGAGAAGUAACUGACUCUUGAUCACAAUUAUAAUUGCGCACAAUUAUAGUUUAUAUAUAUCUUGUUUGUGAUCAGCCUGUUACCAUGGGAUUGAAACAUUCGUUACUAAAUAAAAUGAAAUUAGUCAA